ACAAGUUUGUUGCUAACAAUGUCCUCUUUCUGGAAACAUUGGACAUUUUGUAUAUAAAUAGUUGAAAAAAUUGCAACACCUUAGUUUAGUCUUGAAAAAAAUUAAAUAAAAAUUAAACAUGCGUAUCUUAAUGAUAAUAUUACUGUUUUGUUAUUAUGAGGCUUUUGUCAAGGUCUGUGCUGAAGAGUCAGAAACGAUUAAUCCAUUUGGUAAUUUUAUAUUAAAAAAAACGGAAAAUUUGUCAGAAUUUGCAGAAAAAGUAUUUAGACCAGAGGCAAAGGAAGUUAUCAAGCUUAUGAAGCCAGGCAUAUCAUUUUUAAAUUUUCAAGCUGAUCAAGAUGUUAUGACUUUGACAUACUCUGUUGGUGAUAAAAAUAUUACAAAUAGUUUUCAACUUGAUAAAAAAUUUCAAGAAGAAACCUAUUUUUCACCUGCCGAGACUAUUGUACACAAAGAUAAUGAAGGUCAUUAUACAUGGGAGUCCACAUUAUCAACUGGUCGUUUAUUGACUCGAGAAGAAGUUUUCACAAAUGAAGGAGUUACAGUUAUUCAGACUUCACCGAUUGUUGACUUUGCUUCUACACUUUAUUAUGAACGUGUCUGAACUUUUAUUUUAUUUUUAAAAUAAAAAUAUAAAUUAUAUACGAAUGAAAAAAUUAUUUAAAGAAUUAAUAAUGUUAUUAUGUAUAAUGUUAAAAAUUAAAUAAAGAUUUAAUCACUUGAAAAUAAUAACA